AUGGCUAAAAAAUCUACUAAGAAGUUCGAGAAGAACCAUCUCAAGGAUACCCUUGAGCGCCGCAAGGCCGGCGCAAAGAUCAAGCAGCGCCAUCAAUUGAACGACAAGCGUAAGGCCGCAAGUGCCAAGCGCCGUGAAGCUGAAGAUGAAGACAACGAGCCGAAUCCCGAGGAGGUGAAGAAGAAGGAAGCUUUUGCCAAGAUGAAUGUCGAUGACUUCUUCUCCGGUGGCUUCGAUAUUGCUGACCCUACUAGCGAUAACAAGGCCAGCAAGAAGGACAUCACCCCCAAGAUCGGCAAACGCAAGCGUUCAGAAGACAAAGCACAAGAUGAAGACGAAGCUGCCGACUCUGCUAUAAGCGAUGAUGACGAUGCCAGCAGCACCAACGCAUUCGAUGACCACAAUACCCAACUCGAGGCGUUGAAGGAGAAAGAUCCUGAGUUCUACAAGUAUCUUAAGGAAAACGAUGCCGAACUACUCGACUUCGCUGACCAUGGCGAUCUGGCUGAGGUUGAUGAGCUGAGUGAAGGUGAGGCUGCCGAAGAGGAGGGCCCAGCAAAAAAGAAGAAGAAGAAGGCCAAGAAGCAAGAAGAGGAUGAGGAUGAGGUAGCAGAGAUCGACAACACUCUGACCAUUGAGAUGGUCAAGAAGUGGCAAAGCUUGAUGGAGGAACAGCACUCGAUCCGUGCUAUGCGCCAAUCCGUUCUUGCAUUCCGUUCCGCAGCCUACGUCAACGACCCUGAUGCCCCAGAGCAAAAAUACACCAUCUCCGAUCCAAGUGUCUACCACCAAGUGCUUGUGACCGCGUUGACUGUCGUUCCCAAGGUUCUGGCGCACCACCUCCCUGUGAAGGAGGCCGCGUCCGGCAAGAUCAGGGUAUCUCUUGACUCGAAGAAGUUUAACACUCUCACUCCUCUGAUCAAAUCUCACACCUCCUCGGUCCACCAUCUCCUGAUCAAUCUCUCGGAUGCAAAGACUCUCAAAAUGACUCUGGCCGCUAUGGAUCCCAUGUUGCCUUACCUUUUGCAGUUCCGUAAGGUUCUGAAGACUUUGAUCAAGACUAUUGUCGGUAUUUGGGCUGAUGUAUCGACCGCCGAUGCCACCAGAAUUACUGCCUUCCUUUUGCUGCGCCGUGUUAUGAUCAUUGGCGAUGCAGGUAUCAAGGAGACUGUCCUCAAAACUACUUACGAGGGUGUGGUCAAGGGCAGCCGCAACACCACUGUGCAUACUCUGGCCGGUGUAAACUUGAUGAAGAACUCGGCCGCAGAGAUUUGGGGUAUCGACCAGAACGUCGCAUACACCACUGGAUUCACUUUUAUCCGUCAAUUGGCCAUGCACCUGCGCAGCAGCAUUACCAACACCUCCAAAGAGUCCUACAAAACCAUCUACAACUGGCAGUAUAUCCACUCUCUUGACUUCUGGUCGCGUGUGCUCUCACAGCACUGCGACGGUCUCGUCGAGGCCCAGGCCGGAAAGCAGUCCGCUCUGCGCCCCCUCAUCUACCCGGUCGUUCAGAUUACUUUGGGUGCCAUGCGCCUGAUCCCGACAGCACAGUACUUCCCUCUCCGCUUCCAGCUCACGCGCUCUCUGCUGCGAAUCUCCCGCGCCACUGGAACCUACAUCCCGCUCGCGUCCUCUCUCCUGGAGGUUCUGAACUCCGCAGAGAUGCGCAAGGCUCCCAAGUCCAGCACUCUCAAGCCCCUCGACUUCAACACUGCCAUCCGCGCCCCGAAAUCUUACCUCCGUUCGCGUACCUACCACGAUGGUGUUGGUGAGCAGGUCGCCGAGCUUCUGUCGGAGUUCUUCGUUUUGUGGUCCAAGCACAUCGCUUUCCCUGAACUUUCCGUCCCGGUCGUUGUCUCACUCAAGCGCUGGCUGAAGCAGGUCUCUGCCCGCUCGGGCGGCAACAAAAACGCCAAGAUCAACCAAAUGAUUCUUUUGGUUGUGCAAAAGAUUGAGGCUAACGCCCGCUGGAUCGAGGAGCGUCGUCUGAACGUCUCAUUCACCCCUCGCAACCGUAUUGAGGUCGAUAACUUCCUCAAGGAUGUGGAUUGGGAGAGUACCCCUCUUGGCGCUUUUGUCAAGUCACAGCGGCAGUUACGCGAGGAGCGUGCUGCUAUCCUCGAGGAGGCGCGCCUCGAAGAUGAGAAGCGUCGGGCUGAGGAGAAGGAGAAUGGCAAGGUUGGAUUAGAUGGAAGCGACGAUGACAGUGACGAGGGUGAAGAGGAGGAAAGCGAGGAGGAACUCGAAGAAGAGGAAGAGGAGGAAGAAGAAGAUGAGGAUGAAAUGGAGUUUGAGUAG